CCGCGAAAUCGGACUCAGAAUCACAUCCUUUUGCGAGUUCGAGGAGUGAACACUGAACACCGCUCGUACGGCAAAGUCGAGAACCCGCUGAACCGCCAAAUCGUCAAAAUCCGCGCCUCGAAUUAACCGUCACCCGAUACCGUUACUUAGCCAUGGAUAUUUCCGCCUACCAGCACAUGAACAUCCGGAUGAGCACGCGGGGCAAACGACCCCUGAGGAAUCUGACGCCCAACGAUAAGGUGCGCGCCAUCCAGCGCAUUCACAACGGCGAGACAAAGGCCAGUGUGUCGCGGGACAUCGGUGUGCCGGAGUCCACGCUGCGUGGGUGGUGCAAGAACGAGCAGAAGCUGCGCUUCAUGUGCCGCCAACUGGGUCCGGAUCACCACCUGGGACUGGACACACCGCCCGAGAAGCGGGCCAAGUUCGAGUUGCAACUCCAGUUGCCGCCGAAAUUCGUGGCCCUCCCACCAAACUACGAGGAAUUGGGCUUCGGAGGACUACCCUAUUCCCCAACGGACUAUCCGGUACCGGGAGACUCGCUCCUGGAGAAGCUGAGCCUAGUGGAAUUUGUGAAAAAGAACGGCGUCCAGCCCAACGGAGUCGGGGUGAUGGACUACUCCAACAACAUGCUGCACCAGCUCAACCUUCUGGCCCUGCUGAACUCUAAGCUGACACCGCCUCCUCCCCCCACAGUCGAUGGUCUAUCCGUUGAUGCCACCAAAAUCCCAGAAGAAGACAACAAACUGGUUGAUUCUCCUCCGCCCGCCACAAUCCCGGAGGAUUUCGGCAAAAACAGUAGUUAUCCCCUGUUGAGUGUUAAAAAUUGGGCCAAGGAUCCGGCCAAGCAGUCCGGUCCGGAGCAAGUGAACGACAAGAACAAUAACGCACUGGAGAGCAACAGCGCUGAUCUGAUCAAGACUCCCGUGUUCCCGGACACCACAACAGUGCCCCUACUGCCAGCUCCGUUCCCCAAUCCUCCCGCGGAUCUAGCGCCUGUGAUAGCACCACCAGCAUCGGCAGUCCCCAACGGCUCCAGCCCACCCGCUGAGAUGGGUGGCGACCAACAGGGAGCUGCCCUCCUGGACUGGUGCAAACUGUUCAAUGCCAGCUUGAAUUUUCUGGCCUUCGCAGCAGCGGCAGCAUCCAUGCAGCCAGGCGGAGGCAACGGACCAAGUUUCAAUCCCAACCAGACGGGAGCCAAUCCCCCUAACCCGACCGAACACGAAACGGAGACAUAUCCAUUCCACGAGGGGCUCCUCAAGCGGCUCAGCCCGCUGGCCCACAGCGAGGCAUCCAACGAGAGCUACUGCGACAGCGAGCCGGAGGACCUGUCUGUCCGGUCUUGCGCCUCCAAGGCCUCCUCCAGCAGAUCCCACAGCCCGGCCAAGAGCAGCGGGUCGAGCGAUGCCGAGCAGUAGAGCCCCGGUAGAGUCCUAGUUCUUAGAUCAUGAAUUGUGUAAAUACCUCCAUUUUUUAAUUGUUAAUAGCCACUUUAGUAAUUAUAAACGAGAGAUCAUUUUGCCAUACAAAUGCUAUUUGUAUUUAUCAAUUAACGUAUUAAUAUCAAUGCAACAGGUAUUAAUGGAUCUGCAUACUAGCUAGUAUUAACUAGAGAUAUCGACUUUGACUGUGUGACUUCGACAAGAACUCGUUUGAAAACCAAAUUCAAUUCAUCUACACGUAUAAUAACAAAUACUAAUUGUGUUAAGUAGCUUAAUUAUUUGGCGCGUUCGUAAGCCAUUCCGAUCGAUUUGUUUUCUUAUUGCUGUAAUCUCCGUAACUCUUAAUAAGCAUAUAAACUAAUUACUAAUGAAACGAAUAAAUAUUUAUUAACAAGACAAAAACAAAAUAAACAUUCAUGUUUUUAUCUCUGAGGAAA